AUGGGUCAAAUGCAAGGUUCUCUAGAAGUGUCCGUUAUCGAAGGACGAAAUCUCAAAGACAAAGACGUGGUAGGAAAAAACGAUGCGUACGUUGAAGUUUAUGUGGAUAAAGAUUACAAGCAGCGAACGGUUACCGUCAAAGAUACAAAUGAUCCAACAUGGAACCAAAGAUUUACUUUUAAUUUGAAAAGCAAUCCUGAUUAUUUGUAUUUGAAUGUUUAUGACGAGGAUGUGGUGGGCCGUGACUCCGUUGGUUCAGCAAAGAUUGACUUGAGAAAGCAUGUUUAUGGCAAAAGUAUGUAUAAUGUUUGGGUGCCAUUGCCGCAAAUGCUCGGCCUUCGUUCCAAUGGCGAGAUUCAUGUCAUCGUCGAACAUCGACCAUAA